AUGCCGGAGGCUGAGGAUUUGGUGACAUUUGACGAUGUGGCAUGGUACCUCACCACAGGGGAGUGGUUUAAGCUGGACCCUGAACAGAGGGUGCUGGCAUAUUAUGGGAACGUGACCUAUGUGGGCGUUCCUGUUUUGAAUCCUGCCUUGGUCCCUCACCUGGCACAAGGACAAGUGCUGUUGGUAUCAGACCCAUCGCCCAACACUGAUCCAGCUAAGUACUCUGAAAGCACCUCUGCGACCCGACACCAGACGAUGGGGGAAGACGCCCAGCCACAGGAGAUGGCGUCCACAAGCUCCCCAAGGGCCAGUGGCCCCAGUCCUGAAUUCAGACAGCAUGGGGACUCUGACAGGAAGAGAGGGAGCCCACAGAAUCUGCCCAUAGAACAUCAUUUUGCUUGUAAAGAGUGUGGGGACACCUUUCGGCUUAAAGUCCUGCUUGUCCAGCACCAGAGAGUCCACAGUGAGGAGAAGGGCUGGGAAUGUGGCGAUUGCGGGAAGGUCUUCAGGGGGGUGGCGGAGUUUAAUGAGCACAGGAAAAGCCAUGUAGCUGCGGAACCCCAGCCCGGCCCCAGUAGGGCCCUGGAGAAUGCCGCGGAGAAGAGGGAGCAGACGGAGAGGGAGGGAAAGCCCUUCGAGUGCGAGGAGUGUGGAAAACGGUUUAAGAAGAAUGCAGGCCUCAGUCAACAUCUGAGGGUCCACAGCAGAGAGAAGCCCUUUGAUUGCGAGGAGUGCGGGCGGUCCUUCAAAGUCAACACCCACCUCUUCCGACAUCAGAAACUUCACACUUCAGAAAAGCCUUUCGCCUGCAAGGCAUGUAGCAGGGAUUUCCUGGAUCGCCAGGAGCUUCUCAAGCACCAGCGCAUGCACACUGGCCACCUGCCCUUCGACUGCGACGACUGCGGCAAGUCCUUCCGAGGGGUCAACGGGCUGGCUGAGCACCAGCGCAUCCACAGUGGGGCCAAGCCAUACGGGUGUCCCCACUGCGGCAAGCUCUUCCGAAGGAGCUCGGAGCUCACCAAGCACCGGCGGAUCCACACGGGUGAGAAGCCCUACGCCUGCGGCCAGUGCGGCAAGGCCUUCCGCCAGAGCUCCAGCCUCCUGGAGCACGCACGCAUCCACAGUGGCGAGCGGCCCUACGCGUGUGGCGAGUGCGGCAAGGCCUUCCGCGGUCCCUCCGACCUCAUCAAGCACCGGCGCAUCCACAGCGGACUGAAACCCUAUGAGUGCGACAAGUGCGGCAAGGCCUUCCGCCGGAGCUCCGGCCUCAGUCGCCACCGGCGGAUCCACAGCGGGGCGCGGCGCUGUGAAUGCAGCCAGUGUGGCCGUGUCUUCAAGAGCCGCUCGGCGCUACAGAAGCAUCAGCCGACCCACCACGAGUAGAAAUGCCCUGCGGUCCCGCGGGACAGGGACGGAAUCCCCAGAGGGGAUGGCAGAGUCAAAGGAGAUGAACAGUUUUGUAGCGCUUAUAUAUUUUGUCUUCCAAAAGGUUGAGACCGAUUUAUACUGCCACCAGCAAUUUAUAAGUGUUACGUUAUGCCCAUCGAGAGUAGCUUGUACCAUUUAACUUAGUUUGCCUAGUUUAACUGGUAGGAAGUACCAUC